UUUCAGGUUUGAUAUUACCUAAUGAUUGCUGCUUAAAUUUAUGCAUGAAUUAAACCAGAUCCCGCAUCUGAAUGGAAAUGUUAAGCAAAUACGUGCUCGGCUUGAACAUGAUCAACCAUCUGAUAAUGCUGUCAUUAAAGAACUUUCGCCAUGUAAUAAUAUCAUAGAACAGCGGAAAAUACUUUUCGAAGGUAACAAAAUCAGGAAUGAAAAAAGUGUACCAAAAUGGAAACAGAAGCCGGCUGUGGCACAGAAACCACAUAGAUGCAAAAGCCCAACGCCUGUACUUGCCUCGUUGAAUCCAGUGCAUGUUUUAAAUAUUACUGAAGAUGGUCUUUCUCCCACGAAUACUACAAGAUUACUUAACGACAUUCGCACAACCCCAACAAGUUCAAGCAUCCCUUCAAAUCCCGAUAUUCAAAGGCAUCAUACGAAUGUGCGAAGCGCAGUUGCAUUUUACGAUGCCUUGACUGAGACUGGGCAGAUGGUGUCACCGACUGCUUUUCGUAGUCCAAAAGAUUCGUCGCUUGACCAACAAAGCUCCAUGAGGUCGUCCAUAAUUUCGGAUGGUUCUUGGAUAGAUUGCCAGCUUAGGAGUCCUCUUUCUAGCGAAACAGAUUCGUUAUGUUCGGAACAAAAUUUUGAUUAUUCUGAAGGGAAGACCGAAGACAUUAAUGAAAAGACGUUUGUUUCGGAAGGAAAUUUCGAAUCUGUAAAUGAAACUUUGAGAGGAUCUCAAAAAGCAUUAACUUUCGGGCGAUAUGCAGUCGCAAUAGAAGAGUUGGAAAACAAUGUUUUUAGGAGAACUGAUGUAAGGUAAUC